AUGCUUUUCAGUACCGAGAGUUUGACUAAUGAGGUAGCUUUUCAACAACAUGGCCGCACUAUACCUGUACGCCAAUAUCAACACCAGCAACCCCACAUCCCUAUCCUACGGCCUCAACCUCCCUCGUACCUCCAGAGUAUGCUCCAAGCUACAGCUUCUUGGCUAUACGCAGCGCCUAUCCCUAGAGUACGCCGACAGGACGAAGCCUACCUCAGCCUUCUUAUCCACGGCGCGGCGUAUUUUCACCUCAUCCUACCUAUCCCCAAGGACAUUGACGCAUUUACCGCGGCGGAGCAGGGCUGGAUCAACGACAGCUUGACAAAGCUGAACACUUCCCGCGCCUUGCAGAGGCUACGGUAUCUCUCGACGAAAUCGUACGCCUGGCAGUCUGACGCGCGCGGGGAGCUCAUCACGGACCGCCGCGUACGAGGACCGUCCGACCAGCGCGAGGACCGUAACUACCUCGCUCCAGCCGCUUUCGGCGAUGUGGCAUUCCACACCAACGUCGAGACAGCUUGUCAGCGCCUCGAUAUCGGGGAAAGCGAGCGCGGGUUCCCGGCUCUGAUGCAAGAUCUCCAAUACCGCGCGCACAUCGACUAUGCUGGUAUCGGCGUUCCCGUCAUCCUCGGCGGUCACUCUCGGUGGUACUACUGUCUUCCUGACUCGCACGAGAUCCCCACCCUCAAGAACAAAGUCAACAUCUUUGUCGGGUCGCUCAUCGGCCAUGCUAUCGAGCGCGUCAUGGCUUACCGCAGACUCCAGCGGUCUUCGGGCCGGACGGACGUCGACCCGCCCAACCACGUCGAUAUCUAUCUUCCAGCGCCGCUCGGGGAACCUCGGUUCCUGGACGUCAUACAAGGGUCGUUCCCGACGGGAAUGAAGAUGAUGUACAUGGGGGUCGGCUUCCCCCCUACACGUCAUGCCAAGGAUGUAUGGAACUUCUUCCCUCUGCACGAGGCGCCUCCGUGCGAGGCUUGCGGCUGGACCUGCUCCUCAUCUGACGCUCCCAGCUCGCCCCCCUCUACACCCGAAUACGUCAAGCAGGUCCGCUCUCUCAUCGGCGAUGCCGUCAGGGCGAUGAUUCCGCAAGCGCAAAGUCUCCUCAAGGGGAAAUGA